CCAAUUUCCAUCCUUGGAGCAACCUCCAACUUCUCAGAACUCUGACCAACCAAACACUUCGCCUCAGGUGCAACAACCAACAACCUUGACUCUAGUAUCAAGGUAGUAUCCUGUAGGUCUUCUUCAAUCCAUUGCAUAACGUCUGCCAUUCUCUGCAAUUGAAUAGAAACAGACGCAAUGGCUGAAGCUCAAGUCUUACCUCCUCGUCAAGGCGAGCAGCAGCAAGGUGGCGGCGGUGGUGGUGGUUUCAGCUUCAACAAGCUUCUCCUCGGCGGCGCCAUCUACUUUGGCAUCAAUGCGGCCCUCAACUUGGCCUUGAAAAAGGACCAACGGGGAGUUACAGUCACCAAUCCAGAGACAGGUGAAGCCGUUACAGUCCCUGGGAAUGUCGAGGGUAUCCCUCCUUUCCAGCUUCGCCCGAAGGAGCUCAACGAGGGCGCGACAUACCGUAAUAUCCCAAAGAACAUUGCGCCCAUCUGGCCUCAAGAUAGCCACGUUGAUAUCAUCGUAACGCUCUCCCAGUCGUUCAACCCAGCGCCUAUCUCGCAAGUGCCCGACGAAUAUCUUGUACUACAAGAGAAGGAGUUCCAUCUUAGCAAUAAGUCCGAUAAGCGAACGAUUGAGACGAAGUUCACGGUUCCUCCAGCUGUCCAGCAUAAUGGUACCCUCUGGGGGCAUUUCUACAUUGGCCUUCCUGGAAGUAAUCUCGAUCCUAAGCAGCCCGGAUAUGAUACGUCCAAAGCCUACUACUUCACUUGGCCUCUAACACAAUACCUUCCCAAGAAGAAGGUUGCGAAGACGCGAAACUUGCUCGAGGAUAUCCCCAAGCAUGAGGAGGAACCUGAAGAGGAGGAGCCCACUGGACCUAUUAUUGCGAACUACUAUCAUCCUAAUGCAAGCUUGUCCUUCGUCCCCGAUCUGGGUGUCAAGGACUUCGCCGCGAUGGCCCCUCAGAUGCGACAAUACUUGCGCCUUGAGGCUACUGGUGCUCGAGAUGGCUCUGGUCAGCACGCCUGGUACUACCCUGUUCUGUUUGUCAACACUUUUUGGCAAUUGACAAACCAGAUGACUCUCCUCAACGAUACCGUCAAGGAACUUCCUCUUCGUAUUGAUCUUGGUAACCUGGCCAGCUGGCAGUUUCAGCUCAUGUCUACGCUUGAGACCAACUCCAAGGAGUCUGCUCGACAGGCAGCAUUUGGUGGCUCUCUUCCUGGUGGCGGCGACGGCACCGAGAUCGAGAUGAUCAAGGAGGUAUUCCUCGACUCGAACCCAAUCUUGCUCGGCGUUACCAUUGUAGUCAGUAUCUUGCACAUGAUUCUCGAGACUCUCGCGUUCGGGUCCGAUAUUGCCCACUACCGCAAGAAGAAGGACAACGUCGGUAUCUCAGUCCGUUCGAUCCUGGCCAAUGUUUUCAUGCAAACUGUCAUCUUCCUGUACCUCCUCGACAACUCUCAGAACACCAGCUGGAUGAUUUUGGGCUCUCAGGUCGUUGGUAUCGUCAUUGAGUUCUGGAAGAUCACCACUGUUGUCAACGUUCGCAUUCGUCCUGGUGGACCGGGAUCUUUCCUCCCUUACACUAUCGCUUUCGAGGACAAGCAGAAGUUGACCGAGACUGAAGAGAAGACCAAGGAGUACGAUGAGAUUGCUUUCAAGUACAUGUACAUUGCUGGCAUUCCUCUGCUGAUCGCAUAUGGCAUCUACUCUCUCUACUACGAUUCCCACAAGUCGUGGUACUCCUACAUCAUUACUACUUUGGUGGGAUCUGUCUACGCCUACGGUUUCUUGAUGAUGGUUCCCUCGCUGUACAUCAACUACCGGCUGAAGAGUGUCGCCCACAUGCCUGCCAAGGCCAUGAUGUACAAGUUUCUCAACACCUUCAUCGACGAUCUGUUUGCCUUUACCAUCAAGAUGCCUUUCUUGCACCGUUUGGCCACUCUUCGCGACGAUGUUAUCUUCUUCGUGUAUCUUUACCAACGAUGGGCUUACCGCAUCGAUUACAGCCGUGUCAACGAGUUUGGCCAGGGUGGAGAGGACGAGGCUGUUGACGACAAAGAGGCCAAGGAAAAGGCCAAGGACAAACUGGUUGAGGAUGUCAAGGCCGAAGCCAAGACCAGUAGCGCGGAUACUGGCAAGGCCAAGAAGCGGAAGUGAGUUGCAGACGGCAAUAGGAGCCGAGGAAAGACCCUUAGGUCUAGACUGUCGGGUUUGCUUCUGUAGUCAUAACUUUGAUAACUAUGUUGUAGUUCCAAUCGGCCAUUUUUAGUUGAAUAUCAGGUGCAAAGGAAUCAAUACCA